GCACGAGAGCGUGUCCCCAGAGGAGUGAGCGAAAUGAAAUGCAGCCCAGUUUUCCGGCAACAAUAGACCCUCCGUGACCUUGGCCCGGGUCCUAAAACCAUGCUCCCAUUAACGUUCUUUUAAUGAGUUUUCCCAAACGGGCCCGCUCUCAGAAAUUCACUUCACCGUGGUCAAGCGAUUACCGCACUCAUCUUUCGGCCGGGCUCCUUGCCAUGAAAGACGGUCUUGUGCUCCUGAAUUUCACCCGUGCAGUUUUCAUCUCAUUCUGUUUACUUCUCUCCCUCCUGUCAUCCGAGACACCAUGUCCGCGACGGGAAGUUGGCUCCAUGUAUCUCCGCCGAGCUCCAUGUCCGGCGCCCUAGUGUGGCUAUCCGCGACCGCCCUCGUGUUGUGGUAUGUUUAUUUCCGACUCACCAGGAGGCGACUCUAUGAGUUGGCGGCUAAAAUCCCCGGCUUCGAGGGGUUCCCUCUUAUCGGCAGCGCUCACGUGCUCGUCGGCAAUCCGAACGCAAUGUUUGAGACGGCAUAUUCCUUGAGCUUCAAUUUCAAAGAAGGCACUCCGAUAAAAGCUUGGUUUGGUCCCAGACUAUUUGUUGCACUGACGGAUCCUCGAGAUAUUGAGAUAAUCUUAAGCAGUUACUCCCACAUUGACAAGGCGCCUGAAUAUAAGUUCUUUGAACCCUGGCUUGGGGAUGGACUGUUGAUUAGCACAGGUGAAAAAUGGCGUGCACACCGAAAGAUCAUCGCUCCGACGUUCCAUUUGAACGUUCUCAAAUCUUUCAUGACUCUUUUCAACGCCAACUGCCGAUUCACGGUCGAGAAGAUGCGCGUGGAGAGAAACGAAGAGUUUGAUGUCCACCACUAUAUGAGCGCCUGUACCGUUGAAAUUUUACUAGAGACAGCGAUGGGAGUCGAUAAAAAAACUCAAAAAGCAAGCGGAUUUGACUAUGCAAUGGCAGUCAUGAAAAUGUGUGAGAUUCUGCAUCUACGCCACACAAAAUUGUGGCUUCGCCCAGAUUUCAUUUUUGGACUCACUGGCCUUGCCAAGGAACAAAUAAGACAUUUAAAAUUCAUUCACUCUUUGACGGAGAACGUUAUCAAGAAGAAAAAGGAGGACUAUCGUCUGAGAAAGAAUGGCUUAAUUGAUGUCAAUCAAAACUCAGAACUGAAAGAAAUCGAGAACGGAUCCGCUACGGAAAAGACAGAAGUGGUCAAAGGGUCUUCGUUCGGACAGUCGGCUGGUUUGACAGAUGACUUGGAUGUAGAUGACGUUGGUCAGAAGAGGAGACAAGCGUUCCUUGAUCUUCUUGUGGAGUGUACGGAAAUUGAAAAUGUUCUAUCAGACAAAGAAAUGCGAGAGCAGGUGGACACCAUUAUGUUUGAGGGUCACGAUACAACCGCCGCAGCGAGCAGUUUCUUCCUAUGUGUGAUGGGCGCUAGACCUGAUGUUCAAGAAAAAGUGGUCGAAGAAUUGGAGAAAAUAUUUGGAGACUCGGAUCGACCGGUUACAUUUGAGGAUACUCUUGAGAUGAAAUACAUGGAAAGGUGUAUCAUGGAGACCUUACGACUCUAUCCGCCAGUGCCAAUGAUUGCCCGGCAAAUACGACAAGAGACUAAAUUAGAGUCAAUAAACGCGGUCCUGCCGGAAAAUAGUACCGUAAUUAUUGGGACGUUCAAAUUGCACCGUAAUUCGACCAUCUACCCGAAUCCCGACGAAUUUAACCCGGAUAACUUUUUGCCAGAGGUCACCUCAACGAGGCAUUACUACGCUUUCGUGCCCUUCAGCGCUGGACCAAGAAGUUGCGUAGGUCGCAAGUAUGCCAUGCUGAAACUGAAGGUUCUUCUAGCUACAGUUUUGAGGACCUUCAAGGUACAUAGCCGCACGAAGGAGCGUGAAUGGCGGUUACAAGGAGAUAUAAUUUUGAAAAGAGAAGAUGGCUUCAACAUCAGUCUGGAGCCGAGGAAAAUGAAAACAAAAACUACGUAGAUUUUACUGAAAAUACUCUCGCAAGCCUUCAUAUGCUACUCAUGUUUGGGUUAAGAGUGACGUCGAUCGACUUACGUUCCCUUGCCCACAUUGUUUGCUGAAAGCUGAGUCCAAAAACAAGCAAGACAAGCCCACUAAUCUUCCCCCAAAAUAAAAAAUCAGAGCUAGUAA